AUGAGAAUUGGGUGUCUACAGUUUGCACCUCAUGUGGGAGAUGUAAACAACAACUUGAACCGCGCGGAUUCAGUUCUGUCCAAAGCGAACCCAGACGAUCUGGAUCUCCUUGUAUUACCUGAGCUAGCAUUUUCUGGGUACAACUUCAAGUCGUUACAAGACAUCGCACCCUUUCUCGAGUACUCUGGAUCCGGCAUCACGUCCCUUUGGGCUAGGACCGUCGCUCUCAAAUACAACUGUGUCGUAACUGUAGGAUACCCCGAAAAAGUCGAUCUUUCUGCGCAUUGGCCGGCAAAUCCUGAAUAUUACAACUCCACUAUCGUCGUGAACUCAGAAGGCGAGACAAUAGCCAAUUAUCGCAAAUCUUUCCUAUACUAUACCGACGAGUCGUGGGCACUAGAAGGUGAUGAAGGGUUUUUUGAAGGCUAUAUCACGGGCCUUGGAAACACUUCAAUAGGCAUUUGCAUGGACCUCAAUCCAUACAAAUACGAAGCACCGUGGGAUGCAUUUGAGUUUGCUUUCCAUGUCCUUGAGGCCGGGUCCAACUUGGUCAUCGUGUCGAUGGCGUGGAUGUCAAGAGAGGAACCACGCAAGUUUACACGCAUGCCCAAUGAGCCUGACAUUGAGACUUUGACAUAUUGGGUCACUCGCCUUGAGCCUCUUAUUCGCCAAGAUACCAGAGAAGAGAUCAUUGUUGUAUUCUGCAAUCGCUGUGGCAACGAGGAAGAAGUCCUAUAUGCCGGAACCAGUGCCGUCGUUGGCAUUUUGGACGGCGAGGUUAGGGUCUACGGGCUUUUGGGACGAGGAGAAAGAGAACUGCUCGUGGUGGACACAAAUGAAAAGCCUUACGCCAAAUUGGUACAACGACCUGAGACAGGCCGUAGUGCGAUAAUCGAAGUGCGUGGGAAGCCUCGGGAGCAAGAACAACCAGAUGGAGACAACAAUAUCGACAAGCAGAAAACGACCGAAUCCGCUGCACAUACUGAACAACACGACAGUACACAGCUACCUGAAGCUCAUGAGAGUAGGGGCUUUCAACCAUCGGGACCUAAGGUCGCUGCUCAUCCAAUCAACCGAGAACUCCCGCUGCGCUCAAGACUUUACCAGGAGCCACUGAGCGAACAAAUACACACCUCAACUGCAAACCUUCCUCAGCAGCUUGACCUCAAGAAGUACCACUCUUUGCGCUCUCCAGGGCUCGAGGGUUUCAGCGUUCCCACACCCUCAGCUCCUAGUCCAACUCCCCAGGCUCUUCGGCCACGACUAAUCAUCCCUAAAUCACCACGAUCCACAAUACACCAAAGUCCACAAGGAUCCCCUCCUACUGCUACUUCUCUGAGGUCCGAUAGAUCAAUCCAAUCGAUUGACUCCGCGAUGUCUGGCGCAUCUGCUAGAACAGUGACAUCAAAUCAUCGUCCUCCAGAAGAGAGUACCCCUUAUCCGGACAGUGCGCUCCCUACUGCACAUCCAUCAAGCUUUUCGAGGCUAAGAGGCCAACUGCACGGCAACGAUUUUACGUUACCAAACAUAGAUAAUUAUUCAAGCCCAAAGUCAGACUUGGAUUCAAUGUCUGAAACAGCUCGCUGGCUUUGGAACCCAUCAGAGACUCUUAUCGCCACACCUGCUUCAGCAAGCUGGGUUCAAGAGACACCAAUUGGGAAGAAGCAAGGGGCGUUCCCUUGGACCAAUAUAAAAGCUGAGCCGCGCCCCCAAAGCACAGACACGGUGAGGGAUGGCAGCAAGCUCGCAGCUUUUGUUCACAAUUCGAGGGGGAUCGACUCUCAGACACCCAUGAGCAAUACAUCUUCGAACUUGACUAAUGGCACAAUUAUCUCGGACUCAUCCCUGAUCUCACAAAGGGCUAUCAAAUCUGAAUAUGGAAAGACUGUGUCAUCCGUAACCACCUCACGCCAGCCCGAAAGAUCCAGCUAUUCCAGGACGCACGAACGAGCUCGGUCUUCAAAUGAGUACCAUGAAAGCCCCAGUAAAGAAGUAUCACAACAACCAGUAGUAAGGACUCGGCGCUCCAGUUCGCGAGUCUCAUGUGGAAGUGAAUACUACCGAGAAUCUCAAAUCGGACACUCGAUUGAUGAGCGGCUGACAGCAAAGUCUCGCAGUCGCAGUCGCCAUACCCACCAAACGUCCACGGACUCGAAUCUAGAUGGAAUUAUGAUACCUCUCGUUGCAAGCCCGAGUAUUCUUUCAAACAGCGAAAAGGGGAAACAUGGAUCGAUCUCGCCAUCAGGCAAUGAUCAACGAAGAGGCUCGAUAGCCAGUCCGAGUCAAACUUCGGGGAGAAUAGGCCGCCAUAGACAUGGUUCUACCACUGACGCCGUUUCAAUUCCAUCCAGCUCCAGAGCCGCAAGCCGUGGUCGCCCACCAGGACCCAGAGAUUUCCCUCGGAGUGAACGAUCACACGAAGCGUUCAAGUCACCACUCCGCUCGCCUUCUACGGACUCUACUCGAAAUGAAGUCCUCCAUAGUCGUAUCGAGCAUUCUGAGCCGCGCGGACAAAGUCGUUCUAGCCACAACUCUACUAGGCAUCAGUCCCGACAUCGAUCCCGUGGAGGAGAUAAUUUCGAGAGAUUCGAAGCUAUAGUUUGUCCAACAUGUCCAGUGCAUGGAAGAUCAAGCUCGAACGGUGCCCAGAGUGUUCCCAUCCGUUUAGCAGUAGACUCUUUGCCUCAACGUGGCCACUCUGCUGAUCCUCCCCGCUUUCCAAAUGGCGCACACCCGGAACAGGAGAUUCUCCAACCAGUUCAAGGCCUCGAUGGCUUAGAAAUGCUGAGGAGAUACCAAGAGGAUCAGUCAGAAUGCAUCCUUACACCCGCCUCAAACUUUAGUGAAGUGUUUGAGCAGAGUGACCGCAGCUCCUCAGCAGCUACCUGGGACACAAGCUCACCAGAGCGGUCCCCGAGCACCCCCUCAUUCUUCAACCCAGCUCAGACCCCCAGGGCCAUGGUAUUCGCUACGGACGAUUCUGACAUUGAGGCAAUGCCAAACGGCGGUCUCAGUGGUGACCCUGUAACUGGUAAAGCUUCUGCUGCGACCGAGCAGCCUCACCCAACAGUUGCUUCAUAA